UGAAUUUCUAACAGCCAAAAGUUUCAAGAAAGCUGCUCAACAAGGUGCUAAGGCAGCAGGCUUCGCUUUUAGCAUAUCUUCAUCAAAAUUGGCAUGUAGUGAAAAAGUCAAAUUUACAAAACGUCAAGGCUGCCUGGUUAAAUUGAAUACCAUUUUAGAUGAGAAAGCUGGAGUUUGGGUAGUACAUACUUCUGAAACUAAUCAUAGUCAUAAUCUUCUUCCACCAUCACAAGUUCACUGCCUUCAUCAACACCGCCUUCUUAACACAGAACAAAAGGAGCUAGUUCAUACAAUGAUUAAAAGUGAUGCAUCUGUUCGGUUGGUUGCUGACACAGUAUAUUGGAAACAUGGUACUGAGAUGAGUAUAGCUGAAAAAGCAUUUGAUAAGGUAAAAGAAGCAGCAACGAAAAGUAGAAAUCUUAAUUAUAUUCAGGUUUACUUUGAGGAAUGGAAACAAGAUGCAGAGUGUUGGAUAAACGUUUUCACAAAAAAUUAUCUGCAUAUGAGAGUUCAAUCAACUCAAUGA